CAGUGAGGCAAAUGGAAGCGCACAACUUGAUAAUAACUUAAACAUUGCAGCGUUAUUUUUCGGCGUUUUCUGUCUUUUGCGCGGCCAUAAUGUCUGAUGAGGAAGAGGACUAUAUGUCUGAUGCAUUUCUAAGUAAAAUACAAGAUGUAAAACCAGGUGUCAGCAUGGUGAGGCGGGUGAAAGAAGCUAUUAAGAGGGAGACGCAGCAAAAGGAGACCAACAUCAAGAACCGUCAGAAGACCUUCAAGGAACAGGAGAAGGAAAGCAGAGAAGCCGCUUUACAAAACUCCAUUAGCAAUGAGAACAAGGGAUUUGCACUUCUGCAAAAAAUGGGUUACAAAGCUGGUCAAGGCCUCGGGAAGGAAGGAGCAGGGAGAGUUGAUCCGAUUCCUUUAAAUAUCAAAACUGACAGAGGUGGCAUUGGCAUGGAAGAGGUGAAGAAAAGAAAAGCUGAGGAGGAACUUGAACAUUAUCGGCAGAAAGUGCGCGCCAAACAACAGAAUGAGACCAAAUCUCUGGAAGAUUUUAGGUCAAGGGUAAGGACAGAGAGAGAGGAGCGAAAGAUUGAAGGAGAUCUCAGAAGGAGUCAGCGAGCCUGUGAGCAGCUUGACAGUCAGAAGGGCAUUACUGUCCCCAGGGAAGACUGGUACUGGCCCAAAGCAGAGACUGAUGAUGAGGAGGAUGAUCCUAAAGAGGCGAAGGAGGAGGAGGAGGAGGAGGAGGAGAUUGUGGAAUUAACAUCCUUUGACAAACUCCAAAUUUUGACAUCCUAUUUGAGAGGAGUCCAUUUUUACUGCAUAUGGUGUGGGACCACCUAUAAUGAUGAAGAGGACUUGUGCUCUAACUGUCCUGGGGAUACAGCAGCAGACCACGAAUGAACUUGACAAAAAACAUGCACAAUAGUUCCCGGUAACAAAGCAGCUAUGAACGUUUGACCCUGGAAAUAUUAUAGAAAUGAGUGCAGCCAGCAUUUACAGUGUGAAACAGGCUCAUCACACUGACGUGAUCAACACUGGAGGAAUAUUCAUUUGUCAUCCUGUCCGAAUCUGCUGCCCGUCUCUGGAAGGAUGUCACUGUUCAUGUUGUUUGUGUGCGGUCGUUCUUGAAUUUGUCUUUACGUUUAGAAAUCCUGUUGGAAAUUUGGGAUUCGUUUUUUAGUGUUUAUAUUUUGAAAACAUGUACUAAGGUUUUUGAGGCAUACCUGUGUGUUCAUUAAAUGUUUUAAGUAAUAUAACAUUUUAUAGUAUCUUU